GCGGUGACCUGGCCCACCGUCUCCUUUCCAAGGCUCGUUGCUUUGGGAAAACAGUAGCGAUCUUAAUGGUCAGGGGUCUGCAACAGGUUUAACGUAAGAGGACUGGUCUGCAUCUCCAACUCUCACUGUUCGGCUGGGUCCUCCUGCUCCGGCGCCUCCUUAGCCAAGCGCCCCGGCGCAAAGCCCGCCCACUGGUACUUCCGCUCUCGCCUCCCACGGAGCAAGAUGGCUGAGGAGCCGGAGUCCGUCUUGCCGCUGGCUCCCUCAGCUGCAGCUGACGGCGAAGCACCUACGGAGAGCUCCCCAGGAACAGCCACUCCGGAGCCCCCUUCUUCCGCUGCAGUCUCUCCAGGAACAGAGGAACCUGCCGGCGACACCAAGAAGAAAAUUGACAUCCUGCUAAAAGCAGUGGGAGACACCCCUAUAAUGAAAACAAAGAAAUGGGCUGUAGAGAGAACCCGAACCAUCCAAGGACUCAUUGACUUCAUCAAAAAGUUCCUUAAACUUGUGGCUUCAGAACAGUUGUUUAUUUAUGUGAAUCAGUCCUUUGCCCCUUCCCCUGACCAGGAAGUUGGAACUCUCUAUGAGUGUUUUGGCAGUGAUGGUAAACUGGUCCUACAUUACUGCAAAUCUCAGGCAUGGGGAUGAUCUACAGAGAAAAAGAUCUUGCUAACUUAAAUCUUCACAAAGGAAACAGCUCUGAAAAGUUUUGAUACUCGUGGCAAGAGACUUGUGGAUGUGAUCUACUCAGUGUGUUAUCUACUAUGACACAUGUUUAUGCAUUUAAAAAAUCUGUAGAGAGAUGGACUCACAAAAAAAUCGAUUUGCAUUAAUACAGAAAUCAUCGUAAAAGAUUGACAUUACAGCAUAUCCAUUACUACAUCUUGCUCCAGAUAGAGACCAAGGCUACAAAGCUUUAUUACCAGUUCUUUAAAUGACUGAAGUGGCUUACUUGUAGAAUUAGCUGAUUUUUUUUCCCACUGUAAAAGUCAGUGCGUAGUUUACCAAAGGAUUCCUUGUGCUUAUUUCAGGAAAGUUCAAUUUGUUUGAGUUAAUGGGAUAUGCCUUUUCACAUUUUCAUUUAUACUAUUUCUAUUAUACUGUGUUAUAAAACAAUUGCAUUGACCUGCUAGCUUUAUACCUUACAUCGUCCAGUAGAGGGCAGCCCAGCUGGCAGAAAGGAGGAGUUUGCCUUUACAUCUUUGCCUGAUGAUAAUGGAGGAAAAAAGCUGUUCCUGCUAAUUUCUAGUGAACAUCUAGCCAAGAGAGCAUGUAUGUUGAUACACUGCUGGAAGACUGUUUUAGAAUGUGCAUGAUUUAGUUUUAAUUACUUGAUUGGGAAACGGAAUGAAUUUUAUAAAUUUUGGACAAAUGAGUCAUACAGCUAUUUUCAGUUCUGUCAUUUGAUGAUGUUUGAAUCCUAGUGGUUAUAGCUGUGGUGUUACUCUGUCUCUUAUUUUUACAAUGUCAAAAGCACUUGAGUAAAUGUAACAACAUCUUUGAGUUCUUUGUAAUGCAUUUUUCAACUUAAAAACACUCAAAGAAUAAUUGAAAAAUAGCCUUAGAUUUUAUAUGUAUGUCAUGCCAUGACUAAAAGUACGUUUCUACUAAUGCUAGUAGACUGCUAAUUGCUUGAAGUGAGAGUUAACUUUUUUCUUCAUUCUGUAUUAUAUUUGUAAUACAGCAUUUUUUAAAAAAAGCAUUCCAAUAAAUUGAAUGGAAUGUCCAAACAGGAUCUAAGGUGUGUACAAGAAUUCUAAGUGUUUAUUUUCAAAGAUAAUGGGAAUGGUGUGACUUUGUCAAAGGACUUUGAACUACACUUAUGUCCCUGAAAUCCCAGAAUGUACUUUAUAGUUAAUGAUCUGCCAUACAUUAGCAUUAAGGGAUGCUAAGAAACAAUUCAAUUUACGGUAAUGAAAUCUCUGCUCAGUUCUCAUUUUCUGUCCAAGAAUGAACUCUUUAAGUCCCCUUAUACCAUUGUUCCUGUGAAUAAAUCAAUACACCUAGUGGUUAGCACUGAAAUAAUACAGGUUGAAUUGUGCAAAUUUAUCUUGUAAACUAGGUAAGAAAUUUGUGUAUGUGUUGAAAGCUGGGAAAUGUAUUUUCAAGUCAAAUAGGUUGGAUGUGGAAAAGAUCUGUUCUCUAGCUUUGUCCAUUUGCAGUUUACUAAAGGAUGUGAAUAUAUAUGUAUAUAUAUUUAACAAAUAGCAAAAAUGUGUUUAACUUAUAUUUACUGCUAAGGUUUCAGAUGAUAAGAGUAUUUACUACCUCAAUAAUCAAAACUAUUAGAGUUUGAAAUUGUGUCAUCAAUUGUUCUAUUUUGAUUUAAAGAACUUACUAGUUUAUUAAAUCUAAGGUUAGCUAAAUAUGUAUACCUUAAUUGUUUUUUUUCCCCUAAUAACUUUGAAGACUAUAUAGGGCUUUAUACUCUUUCAAACCAUAUUCACACUAUUAUUUCUUAAUCCUUACCCGAAGAAUUAGUCAUUUUAUGCUAACUUUGCAACAUUGAUUUAUAUGCCUGGAUCUCAUAAGUUAUUGGGUGACUAAAAACCUAAAAUAUAAUUCACAAGUACUUUUGCAGAUGUCUGGUUUAAACUGUGUUAAUUGUAAUUGAACUUGGCGGGGCCUGAACCCUCAGGUUAUAUUUUGUUUUUCCAUGUUGCUGAGAAAAUAGACGUCAUUAAUGUCAUGCUUUAUCUUAUUGUGCAAAAAUGACCCACAACAUACAGAGUAUGUAUGAGUAUUAGAAUAUUGCGCUUCCAUCUUUGAAGGUAUCUAUGCCAAGGACUUCAUAGAGAGUUCCCCAUGUUUAGGGUAUAAGGUAAGCUAAGAAUGUUUAUCUGCAAUCAAAAUAAGAUUGGAUACUUCCUGGAAUCCUAUUUCCUAGAAGUUUUAAUCCUGAAAGGACCUUAAAUAUCAUCUGAAUAUCAGACUAGAAAAUUGAAAGAAGUACAAACUAUGCCUUCAGUUAUAUAGCAUUAGUCAGCCAGCUUAGUUGUGUGUAAUACAAAUUGGGAAAGUGCAGUGUUCAAGGGCUAUGAAAAUGGAAAUCCCCUUUCAUGCAGCUUCUGCUUUAUUUUCCAAGGAUUAUAAUAUACUGGGUAAGCUUUUGGUGCCAGGGAAAUCAACUACAGACUACAUAUCCAUGGAAGAUAUGUUCUAAGACCCAUUCCCCCCACUCCCCCACUCCCAUGGAUCCCUGAAACUGGAUAGUACUGAAUCCUAUAGAUAACUUUUUUUCUAUACAUGCAUACCUAUGAUAAAGUUUAUAUAAGGUACAGUAAGAUUUAAAGUUACAACAUACUGUAAUAAAAGUUACGUGUUUGUCUCGAAA